AUGGAAGUUGAAAUUCCACGGGUACAGGGUUGCGAUUUAGAAGAAAAUGCUGAAGAAAAAUUUCCCACAUCUAAUGCUAAUGGCACAUAUUGUUCAGGGAAAAGUUUUCCAGCAGUGGACUUGGUUGCAGAUAAGUUGCAUAAACUUUUAGGAUCUGGUUUUGAAUGGAUUAUGAUUAUCAGAGAAGCAUUGAAAUCUUGUUAUGGAGUUUUGGCUUUUGGGUUGGGUUUCAAGAAUAAAUUUGUUAAUCCCCAGGAACUAGUCCUGCUGCAACGGUGGAAUAAGAUACUUCAAGUUCUGUGUGUUGUCUCACUUUCACUGGAUCCUUUGUUCUGUUAUCUCCUUAUCGUCAAUGAUGAGAACAAGUGCCUUAGAUUGGAUACAAGAUUGGGGAACAUAGCUAUUCUUUUGCGAUCCGUCAUUGAUUUCUUUUAUCUAUUUCGCAUCAUCUUUCAGUUCCGUGCUAGUAUUACUAUUAUCACUCCUUCUCAAGCAUCUGGAACUGGAAGAAACGAAUCAAUUACAGAGCCUCCAGCAUUUGUAGGGAUAUAUCUGUUGUUGUGGUUCCUACUGGACAUACUAGUAAUUCUUCCACUUCCACAGGUGGUAGUUAUUUUCAUCAUUCCAAGAUUAAAUGAUUCAAGGGUUUUCAACGCAAUAAAAUCAUUGAACUUUAUAGUUAUCCUUCAAUAUGUGCUAAGGGUUCUUCGAAUCAGCUCAUGGUUGAAGAAAGCUACAAGGACUUCUGGCAUCCUUGCUGAAACUGCAGGGGCUAAAGCUGCAUUUAAUCUCUUUCUUUAUAUGCUUGCCAGUCAUGUUGUUGGAGCCUUUUGGUACUUGUUCUCUAUAGAAAGAAAAACAGCAUGUUGGCGACAAGUCUGUAAAAAUCAUGCUGGUAGUGAAUACUGUUCUUUAUAUUGUGGUGAUGACAUAUUUGGAGCCACCACACUUCUGAAUGACUCUUGCUCUGCAAAGACACCAAAUUCCACACUAUUUGAUUUUGGAAUAUACUCAGAUGCCCUGAAAUCUGGCGUCAUCAAUUCAGCAGAUUUUCUACAAAAGAUAUCUUACUGCUUUUGGUGGGGACUGCAAAAUCUGAGCUCCCUGGGUCAAAGCCUCAAAACAAGUACCUAUGUGUGGGAAAUCUACUUUUCAGUUGUGAUUUCAAUUUCUGGCUUGGUAUUAUUUGCAUUUCUGAUUGGAAAUAUGCAGACAUAUUUGCAGUCAAAAACUGCUAGAUUGGAGAAAAUGAGAUUGAAGGGGCAAGAGAUCGAAUUGUGGAUGGCUUUCCAUUCCCUUCCUCGGAAGCUUAAGAAACGGAUACGGCAAUAUGAGAAAUACAAAUGGCAAGAAACCAGAGGCAUCAAUGUGGAGAAUUUUCUGCAAAAUCUUCCCAGGGACCUCAGGAGGGAUACAAAGCGGCAUCUUUGCUCAGGUCCACUCAGCAAAGUGCCAGUGCUUCAAAAUAUGAACAAACGACUGCUGGAUGCAAUCUGCGAGCUUCUGAAGCCAGUGCUUUACAUAGAGCAUAGCUUCAUAUUUCGAAAGGAAGAUCCACUUGAUGAGAUGUUGUUUAUCACGCAUGGGAAGGUCUUGGCUUACUCCAGCAGUACUUGCGGUGAAGGCGCUAAUUCUCUUGAAAAGGGUGAUUUCUAUGGAGAAGAACUUCUGGAUUGGGUGCUCAAGACUUGUCCGGCUCCCGCGUUAUCCAACCUCCCCAUCUCAACUAAAACAGUCCGAGCUGAGACAAAAGUGGAAUUGUUUGCUCUCAAAGCCAAUGAUUUGAAACAUGUGGUCUCUAAAUUCUGGUGGCUUUUCAGCAAGGAGCUAAGGAACUCUAACAGCUUUGGUUUGCAGCAAUGGCAACCAAGGGCAGCUUGUGUUUUGCAAACAGCAUGGCGCCGCCAUAAAAGAGAAAAGCUUCAAAAGUCUCCCAGGUUGGCUAAAGAGGGCAGUCUUUCUGCCGCUGAUCACCAUGCUGUCUCAGAAACACAGCAUAAGUAG